UCUCCGUCCCCUGCGUUGCCUUCUCCUUCUCUGUCCCCUGCGCUGCCUUCUCCUUCUCCGUCCGCUGCGCUGUCUUCACCUUCUCCGUCCCCUGUGCUGACUUCACCUUCUCUGGCCCCAUCGUUGUCUUCACCCUCUCCGUCCCCUGCACUGUCUUCACCUUCUCCAUCCCCUGUGCUGCCUUCACCUUCUCCGUCCCCUGUGUUGCCUUCUCCUUCUCCGUCCCCUGCGCUGUCUUCACCUUCUCCAUCCCCUGUGCUGCCUUCACCUUCUCCGUCCCCUGUGUUGCCUUCUCCUUCUCCAUCCCCUGCGCUGCCUUCACCUUCUCCGUCCCCUGUGCUGCCUUCACCUUCUCCGUCCCCUGUGUUGCCUUCUCCUUCUCCGUCCCCUGCGCUGCCUUCACCUUCUCCGUCCCCUGUGCUGCCUUCUCCUUCUUCGUCCCCUGCGCUGGCU